UUCUCUCCCCCAGGAACUCUUUCUGGCGCCUGCUCUGUGCUGCCCCCUAACCGCCCGCCCGAGAACUGCAGCUGCCCGAGCUCCCCCAGCGGGGUCACGGGCACCCAGUGUAUAAAAUGACUGCAAUAACUUCUGCAAGAGGACGUACAGAAGUGGUCAAUGCCAGAAGAACGGAAUCACAUGAUGUUUCUGGUAUUAUCAGUCUCAUCAGAUAUUUUACUGAAAAAACUUUUGGAAGGAUUAAUGUCGUCUAUCUUUUAGAAAAAGCUAACCUUGCCGUGACACUCAGCAAUAAGAAGAAUGAGGUUAUUGCCCAUGCUGCAUUUCUGGACUAUCCAAAUUGGAAUAUUGUUGAUCAAGCUGAUUGGGAAUCAUUCUUACAUGAAAACUACAGUGACAAAAAGUGCACACCUCUGAAUACACUGUUUAUGCAUCUUUUUGUGGCAAAUGAUGAAUAUGCGGUUGGAUGUGCCCAAGAAAUCAUUAGGACAGUUUUUAAUGCAGUACCAGAAGUGCACUUUAUCCUUCUUUUUGUACCAAGUCAUGUGGAUUUAGGCCCAGGCUUAGGAACUUUUUUUGAGCGGAUGAUGAGUGUUCCAGGUUCGAUAGUUGAUGUGGACUUUACUUUGUUUGUGUGCCACAGGCACCAACAUUGUCCCCAGCUGUACAUUCGCAAAGCAAGGGUGGAAGACCAUGAUGAUCUCAUGCCUAUCUUCAUGCAUCAGAAUGAAAUUCUGAGAGAAACCUAUGGAGAAUACUUCCUUGCAGAGCUGAUAGAAGCUCAGGAUGAAAAAAACCAUGCUGUUGUUUGUGAGGAUGAUGGCACUGCAGUAGGUUUCAUGAGUGUGUGCUCGGAAGUGAAUAUACAACUGCUUCAUGACUGUUUUGACCUGGGGCCUUUCCAUGGUCUCUGCAAACCACAUCCUGAUGAUAUUCUCAAACUACCUCAGGAGCCAAGUAUUGAAACAGAUGAAGAAAAAAGCAGCCAAACAAGUCAAGAAGCAGAAUCUGUUUUAUCUCAAAACUCUGAGUGUAUUAGUGCCCAUGACAUGGAUAUUCAGAUGGACACUAAAACUGAAGAUGUCCUUCUCCAAGCCUUGGAUAUUGUCGCCUCACAUUCUAGUCUGAACACUUUCGGUUGUAAUGUUUCAGAGAAGGAGAGUGUAAACACUGUUUCCAGAGCUGAAUUGCCAAUAGAUGAUGUCAUAGACACCGAUUUGAAAGCCGCUGGGACACCUACCUUAGAGACUGAUGAGAGAGAUUCCUUUCAUCCUGUGUACAGAGGAGCUGUAACUGCUUUCUGUAUUCAGCUAUUCUGUAUUGAUGAGAAACAUGAAACAAGGUCACUGGAUUUCUUGCAAUAUGUUUUCAACCUCUUUCCAGACAAAGACUUUUGCAUCAUCACAGUGCCACAUCUUGUGCCGGAAUUCCUUCUGAUCCAGAAUUUUGUUCGAGUUAAUCCUUCCAGCAACUCCACUCUUGAUCAUGAGCUCUAUGUGUUUCACCGUGCAGGCCUGCUCAAGUCAUUUCAGGUCAGAGCAGCAACAACCAGUGAUACACCUGCUGUUGAAAUGCUCAUCAAAACUCUUGACUUGAAUGAAAGUAUACUGGAUGACUUAAAGGUCUUCACUCAAGCUCGCAGAGAUCCAGAUGGGACACCAGUCCAGGCAUUUGUAGCAGAAGUUUUGGAUCAGAUAGUUGGCAUUUCUGUUAUUAAAAAUGAAAUGGAUAUUGAAUAUAUCCGUUCACAUUACAACAUUGAAGAUUUUAUUUACUUCAGUCACCACCAACAGGAGGAACAUGGCCAUCUGUACCACUUUGCUCUAAAUCCCAUAUUCCAUCACUAUACCAAAUAUUUUCUGAAAGAGAUCCUUCGCUUAGCCUACAAGUCUUGUCUCUACUACUCUAUUUAUCCACAGUCUGUGGACGGUGAGUUUCAGAAUCCCUAUGCCCAUUCCCUGACAUCUGCCCUUCAUUACAUGGUUCCCGUGCGACCAAGACGACAGAUUGUCUAUCCUCUGGAAAAGCUUGGCAUAAACGCUCCAUCAAAGCAGGUCUCCAAGGAUCAGUUAAGCUAUGCUUUGAACCACAUAAAUCGAAAGCUGAUGCUAGAGCCUAAAGUGUCUGUCAAUGCUAGAAUUGUGGUGGUUGGUGCAUCAAAUGUUGGAAUCUCCUUUCUAGAAACACUGAUUUUUUGUCCGCACCUGAAAUUUAACAAUCUGACCCUGAUUUCAACUCAUGGGCUUCCAGGAAAAAAUCCACCAGGCUCUACGAACAGAGGAUUUUUAAUUGACAGCCACUGUUUUAAUGAUAAAGAUUAUGCAUUGAUGUCACUUUGUUCCUGGGUUAAUGUUGUGGUUGAUAAAAUGACUGGCAUAGACCGAGCUGCCAAACAUGUAGUGGUUUCCAAAGGAAAAAAAGUGCCAUACGACCACCUUGUUCUCUGUACUGGGCAGCAAUGCCAGGUUCCAUGUCCCACUGGAGCAGAGAUCAGUAAACUUUGGACUAACAAGGAAAUCAUACACCGCUGUAAACAAAGAUAUACUGGUGAAGUUCCGACCAAUCUCUUUAAUCUCUCUGAUGAUCAAGAGUGCUUAAAGGCAGGGCAUUGGUUAAAAGAAAACUUUAUCAAUUCACACGGGAAUGUCAUUGUCUAUGGGAAUACCAUUGACAUUUACUCCACAGCACAAACCCUCCUAUCUCUUGGAAUUCAUGGUUCUCGCAUACACCUCGUGCAGCCACCACUUAGCUCAAAUGUAACUUGCCUUAACAACAAUGCAAUCGAAAAAGCUGUUAAAGAGGCAUUGUCAAAGAAUGAUGUGUGUGUCUAUUAUGACAGUAUACUGGCACAGUGGAAUGAAGGUGACCACCCAGAUCCUAUAAAAUGUGCUUCUUUCACGACUAAUACAAGACCAUUUAAACUGCAAUGUACAGCAUUCUUUAACUUUUCCAACAAGGGAGUGGAUUAUGAAACCUUCAAGGCGAUUAAUGACGCGUGCCUUGUUUAUGAUGGAAGACUUGUUAUUGAUGCCAACUUCCAUACUAAUGACGUUAGUAUCAGAGCAGCAGGUUCUUUAACCAAGUUCUCCAAUAUAUAUUAUGCAAAUGAAUGGACACACAGCAAUUUCAGUUCGAAAGAGAUCGGUUUCCAGCUUGCUGCAGCUAUGCUGAAUCUCUUUGAUCCAACUCUUGAGCCAGUUUCUGAACCACCAGAAGAUCUGGAUAGACUCAUCCCUAUGUACAAGGGAUGUAAAAUUCAAGGAGGUGUUCUUCCCGGAGGUUAUAAUUACUUGCAUAUUUCCAAACCAGGAAUCCCUACACGCUUGGAUGUACAAAUUGCCCAGCCUAAUUAUGGGAUGGAAAUCAUAACAGGAGAUGCAACAAAGGGGAAUUACUUCAGGAUACAUGUGAACCAGUACAGUAUGGUAGAAACCAUUACCUGCCUUUCAAAGGAGCCCUUCCCUGUCUCCAACUACAUUUGUUUGUUUGGCCAGCAUGAGCGGGUCCUUAAUAAUCUUUGUUCUCGCUGGAAGGAGGGAUUGAUCAAAGAUCUUUAUAGCUAUUUCAGGGAACCUUGGUCCAUGGCCAUCUAUCAUGAUCGGUUUAUUGAUCUUAAGAAAGAACUGCGCCAAAUCCUAAUAUCCAGCCAGGUGGAUGGCCUUCCAUCACUGGACCAGCUUGUUCACCAGAUAGUGGAUGGCGAACUCAUUCUUUCUGAAAAACCAAAGCAAUACCUCAAAAGGUUCUUUCAGCAAAAUAUCUACAAGAGACUGGUGGAGGGAAGCAUCCUCAGUUAUCUGAACUACAAUAAUUACCACCUGCCUAUGUAUGCAUGGCCAGGGAUUGUUUAGUUAUGCUUGGCUAAAUGAGGCUCGCUUUUCACUCUUGAUCCAUAGGGCCCCUGACUCCCAGCCCCUCUCUUAGGGAGCACUGAGAUGGCUUCCAGCCUGAGGCUGCAUUCAGCAAGCACCAUGAAAUGUUCUCUUUCAGUUCUCCAGUAGGUGGAGCGGGCCUCGGAUUCUCCAUUCAGCAGGAACCAUCAGGCCCAGGCCCAGCCAUUCCUAUGCAAAGCUGGCCUGGCUUUUCAACAAUAAAAGCCCGCUCCCAUCA